GGCACCCGCCGCCGCCGCCUCGCUCACAACCGCUCCCGGCGUCUCUCGGGGCAACGGCUGGGGCGGAGGGGGCGCCAGAAGCGGGGCUGGCUGGGCCGGGGGAGGCUGGACGCAGCGGAGGCGGCUGCAUCCCCGCGCCCUGCUCGCCGCGUCCUCGCCCUCGUCGUGGUGCUGCUCUGCCCGCCGGCGCCCCGGCCGCCCUCGCUCGCCUCCCCGCGGAGCUGGGGCUGCUGGAGGAGGAGGAGGAGGACGAGAAGGGAGCCCGAGGAGGGGGGAGGGACGCCCGGCCAGUGGGGAGGAAGACCUGAUUAUGGGGCAGAAAGCGUGUGACCUGCCGAGUCAGCAACGGUAAUGACUUCCUCUGGACCGAACCAAAGUGAAAUCGAAUCUGAAAGCGCCGUUAAGAAUACAAGAAUUGUGGGCACAGAGUCACGCUGCACCUACCCGAAUGAGAGGCGGGAGAGGAAUCAGAUUUACACGCUCCUCAACAUCAGUAACAGUGUCAAUGAGCAAGAGGAAAAGUCCUUGGAGUGUGUUGCUGGGACAGGAUGGGAAGAAGCGGUACAAGGCUGGGGUAAAACAGCUCCAUUUGCUUAUCUUCAGUUACAAAAGAGAGCCAGAAAAACAAGGACAAGUGAGUCUGUCAAUGGCUGCCUAUAUUGCUUAGAUCUGAUGCAAAUUAUUGACAAAGGUUUGGAGCAAAACCCCCGGACGAUAGAUCAGUUGAAAUCGGAUUUCAAAUUGAGUGCAUGUUCUGCCACAGAGAGUAUUCCAGAAAAACAACAGACUCUGCUUUAUCCUGAUACACACCCUUCUUCUGCGAUAGAUGAUACUAAACAAGAAAGCUAUUAUGGUAAAACAUAUUAUACUCAGACGUCCCAAGGAGAGAAGAAAAAAAUGUCCCUAAAGGAGGUUCAGACUCCUCUAAGUGAAAGGAAGAUUUUUCAAAUGAAAGAGAGUCUACUCUACCAAGCAGAAAAGAAAGCGGUGCCAAUAAAAGAGUAUAAUAUCCUGCCUCCAGGAAAGCCCAAAAGCUUCGAAACCCUGAAAUGCAAAGAUGUAAAGAGCCACGAGGCUUCUGCGUCUAGUCUGGUCAGCUCUGAAACUCCUACAGCAAAGUCGUCGCUGGUGCUGCCACCUCUGAAGGAUUCAGCUCUCAAAAACAGCCUGGAUCCUUCACCAAAGAAAAGUAAGACCAGUGAAAAGCCCUUUGGUGCCGUCUCAGAGACACGUUCCUGCCUGCAGGUGUCUAAACCCAAAGAGCAGAAAUGUGGAAAAGGAAUAGACACAAUGGGGGAUGCAGUGAAGGAGGCCAUAAAAAUGCACGAGAUAGCCUCUUUUGCCCCCAGGCUUCCCAAGACGUCUUUCCUCUCAAGGAACUCGGAUCGGUGCUGCUGGCGCUGUGCUUUUUUACCAGACAGGAAAAUGGCCACCCUGUCCAAUUCGAUUGCACUGAGGAGAACCAAUCAUCUCAACAGCAUGCAUUUCCUGCACAUAAAAGGAGCUCAAGGCAGCAAAGCCGAUGAGAUUCGAGACCCUUGCGUCCGAAGCAGGAGUCACAAUGGAACCAAACAAAGACACGAGCCCCCAACCCAGGAGAUCCCACUGCUCUCUGGACUAUUCCCUGCCGUAACGGGAUGGGACCGAAGCUCAGUGAAAGAGCAUCUGCAGGCAGAAGGUCCCAAGUUCAAUCCCUGGCAUCUCCAGGAGUAUGGCUGGGGGAAAGCUCCUCCUUUCACAUGCAAUAAUAUCCAAAGAAAGAAACCAAGAAUAACCAACACUGCCCAUAGCAGCAUCCUUCACCAGAAUAUGGCGGCUACGUCCUUGAAAAACAUGGCGUGGAUAACACGGCCAGCAAGAGACCAACCAAAAUCGGAUUGCCGGUUUAAUGAAGGAGAAACGCUUCCAAGCAACAAAAACCUCAGAGUCUCCUGCAUCAAGCCUUAUAACUAUGCCCCCAUGAUGUCAGUCCAUGCAGGGGGAGACCGGAUGAGAGGCAAAUUAGACUCUCUUCAGACAUUCCUAGGAGAAAAAAGGAGCUUGCCCGUGAAGGAAUAUGAGACCAAGUCCUCACAAAGACGCCCAGAACCAAGAGUUCUGGGAUAUCAUGAGGUCAGCCCGCCCAAAGUAAUCCACAGUAACCCACCCAGCAGCUUGAGCUGCGUAACCUUAAAUGCAUUGCUGGUCUUCAGACCAGAUGAAGAAGGUGUCAUCAGCUUGCAUCUGAAGCCCUCCUCGAAGGAGGAAGCCGCAACGGCAGUCAACGGAAGAGAGAAAAGGAGCAGCUCUUCGGACAAGAUGGCCUCACAUUACUAUGAAAUUAAAGAAGUAAAGCAGAAGAGUGAAAAGAGAAUUGGUAUGAUUAACACAGAGAAAAAGCAAAUAAAAAAAUCAUGUACUGCCCACUGAUUUGUCUAUGGCACCCAGAGACAGUUGGCUUUGCCUUCGAC